AAUAUGUAUUAAGAAGGAAAGUGAAGGUAAGUCUACUAAUUAAUUGUUAAGAAAAUGAUAAGGAGCAAGAGAUUCGAAGGAAAAGUGGCCAUUGUGACUGGUUCCACUCAGGGCAUUGGCUACAGCAUUGCUCACCGCCUUGGCUUGGAAGGUGCCUCUGUUGUCAUCUCCUCCCGCAACCAGAAAAAUGUUGAUGAAGCAACCCAAAAGCUUAAAAGUCAAGGAAUCCAAGUGUUGGGGCUUGUUUGUCAUGUCUCUAAUGCCCAACAAAGGAAAGAUCUCAUACACAAGACACUCGAGAAAUUUGGAAAGAUAGAUGUGAUUGUUUCAAGUGUUGCUGUCAAUCCAAUAACUGGCAAACGCAUAACCACGAUUAUGGGAACCCAAGAGUCUAUUCUUGACAAGAUGUGGGAAGUAAAUAUCAAAGCUCCCAUUCUUCUUAUGAAGGAGGCUGCUCCGCACAUGAAGAAAGGUUCAAUUAUUUUCAUUUCCUCUAUAUCUGCCUACGUACAACCAAUAUCAGGGGCUAUGUACGGAGUGACUAAGACAACUCUACUUGGGCUUACUAAGGCUCUUGCUUUUGAACUAGGCCCAGAAGUGCGAGUAAAUUGUGUUGCUUCUGGAGUUGUGCCGACUCGCUUUAGCGAGAUAAUUACAACAAGUGAAACUUUGGUAAGUAGAAACAAGUAAUGAAAAUAGUUCUGGAUAGUAGUAAACUGAAGAGGCUUGGUACCCCUGAAGAGAUUGCUGCUGCUGCUGUUUUUUUGGCUUCUGAUGAUGCUUCCUACAUUACUGGAGAAACCCUUGUGGUGGCUGGA